AUGACAAACUUGUCCGAGCCUCCCGACGGGAUCCAUGGAUAUCAGGGCAACAAUCUUGCGGUGCGGACGUUGAUGAUCGUAUUCACGUCCAUCGCAUUAUACAAUGCCAUCGAAUUGUUCAUAUUGUUAUUUUUGACAUUCCAAACAUACCGGGGCCUCUACUUUUGGACCCUCUUGCUUUCUGUCGUGCUGGGUGUGAUCCCUCACGCCAUUGGUUACCUGCUGGAAUUUUUCGCGCUCGCACCAUUAUGGCUGUCUCUGACCAUAUCCACCAUUGGCUUUUAUGUCAUGGUUCCAGGACAGUCGGUGGUGCUUUAUUCGCGCCUGCAUCUGGUGUGUCAGAGUCACAAAGUCCUUCGCUUUGUGCUCUGGCUCAUCAUAAUUGAUGCGAUCAUUCUAUUGAUUCCAACCACCGUCUUAACGUUUUGUACCGCGUUUGUUGGCCUGCCGCCAAUGAUUCGCGGGUAUAAUGUUAUGGAACGGAUGCAGUUGGCCUGGUUUUGCGCGCAGGAAAUGACCAUCUCAGGCAUCUACAUCGUGGAAACCAUCAAGCUGCUCAAAAUGAUGCCAGACAAGGACCGCCGGCGAACUCGUAUCAUGUACGAGUUACUAGCCAUCAACUUGGUCAUCAUCUUGCUUGACAUUAGUCUACUACUCGUGGAAUACAUUGGCUACUACUCGCUGCAGACGACGUUGAAACCCAUGGUCUACAGCAUCAAGUUGAAGCUUGAGUUUGGCGUGCUUGGCAAGCUCGUCUCCGUCGUGCAAACUUCACGAUCACAGCCUACCUCGUCUGAGCAUGAAGAGUACCCCACAUUUGUAGAUCCCAGCCAGUUCACGACGGACGUUACACAUGCUGCUCCUCGCGAAUCACGAUCACGAGGGCGGAGGCCUUGGAAUUCUCAUGCGAUUUCCAUGGAGAGCUUGCCAAUGUCCGAGCGCCGAAUCCGUCCAUCCACGCGGUCGACUGAUGCCAGCUCGCCCACUACCUGA